GAGAAUAAUUAGUUUUAAGAGCUAAUGAGCUCUCUAGCUUAUAUUUCACAGCAAUUUGAGAGUUUUCUUUCUCUAUAAUUUGGAACAAUCUGCCUACUAGCCUGAAAUUAUGACUGGUUUUUGCUCUUGUCAUGUGGAAUAUGGGGAACAGAAAUUGUGUGGUAUUUGUGUGAUUAUAGAAGAUGUUUAACAAGCGGAACCUAGAACUUUCCAGAAUCACUUGACUCAAGCUUUUUGUUUGUUACAACUUAAAAAAUGCUGCUGACAUUAUAGGUGUCUCCUGUUACAUUUCCAACAAUAGGAAAUAUUUUGCUGGAUUUGUACCUGAAUAGAGAGGGUCAUGCAGUUGUGACAGAAGAGGUUUGUUGGUAAUUGAACUUGCAUAAUGGCUACAGGAUUUCAAGAAACAUCACUGAUGGUUCAUGAUUUAAUCCAGAAGAGUACAUUAAUCAGUGAAGGUCCACCAGCACGAUAUCGUCUCAUCACAACCAGAAGUAAUCUUGAAAAAGACGGUUCAGUGAGAAAAUGGACAUUUGGACAGAGAGACAUCAAUAUGCGGAACAAAAUUGUACUGAUGGUAGGAGAAACUGGAACAGGCAAAACUACUCUGAUUAAUGCCAUGACUAAUUAUAUACUCGGGGUGACGUUUACAGAUGAAGUGUGGUUUGAGAUUACAGAGGAGGGAGGAGAGAAUCAGUCAGAUCAGUCAAAAAGUCAAACAAAUAAAGUCACUGUGUAUGAGGUGUUUACCCAGAACAACCCAAUCUGUCUGACUAUCAUUGACACUCCAGGUUAUGGAGACACCAGGGGAACAGAAUAUGAUAAACUAAUCACUGAGAAUCUGUACAAUCUGUUUCACAGUGAUAGUGGAGUGAAAGAAAUUGAUGCAGUCUGUCUGGUAGUGAAGGCAUCUGAGAAUCAGCUCUCUGACCGACAGCAAUACAUCUUUGAUGCAGUUUUGUCUUUAUUUGGUAAAGACAUUGAGAAAAACAUUGUGAUAUUUAUCACUCACUCAGAUGGACUGCCUCCAGAUAAUGCUCUUAAUGUCAUCAAGAAUGCAGGGAUUCCCUUCAGGAAAAAUGAUGAUAAUGAACCUGAGCAUUUCUUAUUUAACAAUCUUCAAACUAAGAAGAGAAGCCUGAAGUAUAACAAAGAUUUCCAGACAGCCUGGGAUCUAAGUAAGAACAGUUUAAAAGAUUUCUUCGCCUCCCUGGAAGAACUGAACAAAGAGAGCUUAAAGAAGACUGGAAGUGUUCUGAAUGAGUCCAAACGACUUGAAGCCUGUAUAUCUAAUCUACAAAACCGCAUUGAGGUUAUAGAGUGCAAGAGUAAAGAACUGACUGAUAUUCAGAAAGCUCUUGAGGAAAACAGAGAAAAGAUUAAGAAAAAUGAAAACUUUACUUUUACAGUCACCGAAUUUUACAAAGAAAAAGUUCCCAUUGAAAAUGUUUCAUGGUGGGACAGAAAGGUGACCAGUUGUUCUGUCUGUAAGGAGAACUGUCAUGAGCAUAACUGUUGGAGUGCCCUGGAUGCCGAGUGGUGUGAAGUCAUGCGUAAUAACCACUGUACUGUAUGUACACGUAAAUGUCACUACAAUAAACAUGUCAAAGAGAACAUGAAAUAUGUUCGACUCAGUAAAGAGAUCUCAGUGACAUUUAAUGAUCUUAAAAAACAACAUGAAGGCAUCAAUAAUUCAGAAUGCUUUGAAAAUGUCAAAAAGGAUACAGAAAGCAACAAGAAACAGGAAGAGGAGAAGACAAGCAUAGAGAAAAGACUGAAAGAAGAACUGACUGAGAAUGAAAAAGAAAAAGCUGAGCUUGUGGAAGAAACCUACAACACUAUUAUGAAACUGUCUGAAAUCGCUUUAAAGCCAGACUCUGCUUUCAUUCUUCAGUCUCUGGACUUUUCGAUCCCUCGAGUUGAGGAGACUGGAAAAAUGAACUGUGCUAAAAAACUAAGAGAGCUGAGGAAGAUUCAGCCUGAAUCAGAGGAAAGAGUUAAUGCUGUAAUGGGUUAUGCAAGAGCAUGUUUCACUAAAGUGAACAAAUAAAUAAAUUCAGGAGAUUAAAUGAAAUAAUGAUCAUCUGUAUUAAGUGUUUUAUAUUCAAUUAAAAUGCAUUGUUUAUUCAUUAAU